AUGUUCGAUGUUACUUCUUUAAACAAAUCAACAAUAGAAGCAUCAACGUGUUCAAUGUCCCAAAUACCUGUCAAUGAAAAACGACGAAACUAUCGACUUUAUGCAGGAGAUCCUGCAAUUCAUCCAGGAGACAAACGAUUGUAUGCUAAUGGAGAUGUCGAAGGAACACCACUUCAUGUUUCCGGAUGUGUUGAUCCACGUAUUCCAACUCGAUUGGAUCGAUCUUAUCAGGAUUUACCUGUACCAAAAUUUAAACUUGAUCGUUGCUGGGUUGGUGCUAUUCCAGCUAAAGAAGUAACAUUUCGCAAUUUAAAUGAUAAUAUAACAAAAACAUUUUUAACUGAUACAUGUAAACGUUUUGGUGAUAUAGAAGAUUGUAAAAUAUAUUAUGAUCGACAAACUAAAAAACAUCUUGGAUUAGGAACAGUAAUUUUUAAAACAACAAAAGCUGCUCGAGAAUGUGUAAAUGCAUUGAAUAUGACAAGUAAAAUGGGUAGUAUUAUAUCAGUAUCAUUGGAAACAUUUGGUCAAGAACGUACAAAACAAUAUGCGACAAUUAUUCGUGCACAGGAACAAGAAAAAGCUGCUCAAGAAAAAGCAUUAGCUGCAUCAGCUGCUGCAUCUCCUCCACCUUCCAUGGAUUUAAAUCUUAAUAAACAAACUGAAAGAUCACAUAUAUCAAUGCAAUUACCUAUUAAUCAUAAAAUAACAAAUAAUUAUUCUCAACCAUCAAAUUCCCAUUCAUCGCGAGAUCAUCAUCGAACAUCAAAACUUCAAUCAACAUCAUCAUCAUCAUCUCGAUAUGAUUCGCGAGGUGGUCAUCAUUCCGUCAAUGAUAAUACCGAACAAUUUUCUUUUGAUCCAUAUGGAUCAUUCGGUAAUAAUAGUAAUAAUUAUAAAUCUUCAUCAUCAUCUCGUCGAUCAUCUCGUCGAUCACAUCAUCAUCGUCCACAUUCUCAACAACGUCGACGACGACGAAAAACAAGUAGUAGUGCAACAUCAUCAUCUACUUCACGUUCAUCAUCAACCUCAUCUUCAACAUCAAGAUCAAGUUCAACAUCAAGAUCUUAUUCAAGGUCUUCAUCUUCAUCAUCAAAAUCAAGUUAUUCAUCGACAAAUAGUCAUAAUCAAAAACUAACGCAUAAUUCUCGAGCAAUAAAUUCUAAACAACAAAUUGAUGAUGAAGAUCAUCGUCCAAGUUUAGAUGAACGUAUAGCAGCUUUAUUUCAACAACAACAACAAACAACGAUGCCUUCAUCUAUACCAACUAAAACUCAUCACCGUCCAUUACCAUUACCAAAUGUUCCACCACCAACAGUUUUCUCUUAUCCACCACCACCAUUGCCACCGCCAUUAACUAAUAUUGUUGGUAGUCAUCAUCAUCAUCAACAAUCGUAUGGUGUUGUGAAUAAUUUUAAUUUUUUUGGCAAUUCAUUUCCACCAGCAUCAUUUUUAAAUUCAACUGGUGGAACAAAUUGGCAAGAUAUGUUUAAACAACCUCCACCAUCAUCAUCAUCAUCAUCAUCCUCAUCAUCGACAACAACCACAACAACAACGACAAAUAUGACAUCAACUAUAAAUAAUUCAUCGAAUGGUCUUCAACCACAUCCAAAUGAUGGUACAGAUGAACGUGAAAGAAAAACAAAUGAUUUAACAACAGCUGUUACAAAUAUUGUUACAGGAGAAUUAGUUGAAAUUCUUCGGAAAGAUUUAGCUAAGAAACUUAUUGAAACAUUAGUUUAUAAAUCUAUUGAAACAUGGUAUGAUAAUGAAGAACGAAAAGAUAAAAUAAAAAAAAUCAAAUCAGCUGAAAAUUCAUCAAAUGAACAAAUAACUUCACAUGAACAGUCAUCAAAUCAAUUACAUCAUUCUAUAUCAAAUCCAAUCAUUGAAAGAAUUCCAGAUGAAACACCUAGUCCAGUAACAACACCUAUGACAGCACCACCAUUUAGUUCAUUAUCAACAUCAGCUACUUCAUCAACAUACUUUGAACAUAUGAAAGAUAGUAUAGGUACAUCUGUAAGAACACAAAUGCCAAAAAUACCGACAUUCAAAAAACGAACUAUUCCGGAUGAAAAACCAAUUAUUCCACAAAAACCAGUAACACCAAUUGAAAAGAAAGAACCUCAACAACAACCACAACAACGAAAAAUAUCUCGAAAACGUAUAAGUUCUAGUAGUAGUGAAUCGAGUGUAACACCUGAAAAUGAGGAUAGUCAAAGUCGAGAUUCGAUUUCAUUACCACACGAAGAUAUAUCUUCUUCAAUGGAAACAAAACCAAUUAAUAAAACUUCUAUUGAUCAACCAACUCCUGAAGAAGAAGAAGGCGAAAUUAAAGACGAUGAAGAAGUUGAAGAAGAAAAUCAUUCAAAUCAAGCUAAUAUUGAAUCAAAUCCAGUACUACCACCACCUCCACCACCACCAUCACAAUUAUCACCAUUGAUAAAGAAACAUAUCCAUAAAAAUAUUGUCAAACAAAAUAAAAAACCUGGUCCACCAAAAAAACGUAAAAUUGAACAGAUUAAAAGUGAACCCAUACAAGAAAAAGAUGAUAUUGACACUAGUACAUUAGCAAAACGAAAGAAAAGUAUAACAACUCAUCGACAUGUGACCACUGACAAUGAAUUAGAUCUACAACCAAUUCAAACAUUUAAUUUAUUAGAUAGUCUUCCUGAAAAAAUUGAAUCACCCACAAAAUCUUCUUAUAAUCCAUUUGCUUAUAUUGAAUAUGAACAUGAUUAUGCUAUUAUGACUAGACAACCUAUACCAGUCGCUAAACGAUUAACUGUUGAUGGUUUAAAUAAUAUGGGCGUUCAAGCACCAAUGAUCAUUCCACUAGCAUUAAAAUUUUUACCACGUGAACAUGAUGCUGAAAUGCGUAUUAUGUAUGAACUUGAUCAAGGAGUAGAUGAAGAAGAUAUGUCAUAUCUUAAACAAAGUUUUCAAAGACUGUGUACGGAAGGGCAUUCAUGUACAAAAAAAACUUCUUGGGUUGAUCAUCCACCAAGUCGAGAUUCACCAUUUGUUAAACAACCAUCACAAAAACAUCGAACUGGAUGUGCUAGAACGGAAGGUUACUAUAAAAUUAUUAAAGAUGAAAAAAUAAUUGUGACAAAAACUACUGGUGAUUCUCAAAGUACAUCUCUAUUACCACAAGCAAUACUUGAUACAAAUCGUACAACAGGUGCACAAAUGUCACGUGAACUUCGUAGUGAACAUCGACGAAAUUUAUUAGCAUUAGGCGAUGUUGAAUUUGCUGAUCAUUUUAAAUUUAGUCAACUUAAAUUACGAAAAAAACGUCUUCGUUAUGCUAAAUCAGGUAUUCAUGCAUGGGGUUUAUUUGCUUGUGAACCUAUUGCAAUGGAAGAUAUGGUUAUUGAAUAUGUUGGUGAAACUAUUCGACAAAGUGUUGGUGAUUUACGUGAAAAACAAUAUGAAUUAGAAGGAAUAAAUUCUAAUUAUAUGUUUCGUGUUGAUUCAGAUACGAUUGUUGAUGCAACUAAAUGUGGAAAUCUUGCAAGAUUUAUUAAUCAUAGUUGUGAUCCAAAUUGUUAUGCAAAAAUAAUUCCUGUUGAAUCACAAAAAAAAAUUGUUAUCUAUUCAAAACGAGAUAUACGUCUUGGAGAAGAAAUAACCUAUGAUUAUAAAUUUCCACUUGAAGAACAAAAAAUUCCAUGUCGAUGUGGUACACCAACAUGUCGUGGUUCACUUAAUUAA